UGUUACGAGCGUAUAAAAGCGUACACCAAUUAACUGGACCAGCAUCAAUCGUGUUCUGUCCUCCGAAUCGAGUGCGAGUACUGAGUGGAACAUUCAUUCCCCAGCAGCGCCUUCGAGCCAAAUUCAUUUGCGUGCCAAAAACCAGAGCAAAUCCCAACGCCACGUAUCAAAUAUGAAGCUGUUCGUCGUAGUAUCGUCCCUGCUGGCCAUCGCCACGGCCGCCCCAUCGGCCACUCUGUACGCGGCCUACGGUCAGCCUGCCCUGUACGCGGCCGGUGGUGCACCGUUGGCCACGUACGUCGCGACCGGACCGGCCGAACUGUACAGCCAGUACCACGCCCAGGACGAGCUCGGCCAAUACUCGUAUGGAUACAACGGAGGACUGUCGGCCAAGGCGGAGUCGAAAUCGUUCGAUGGUAUCACCCGCGGUUCCUACAGCUAUCUGGAUGCGGAGAACAAACUCCAAACCGUCGCGUACACUGCCGACGCACUGAACGGAUUCCGGGUGGCUGCUUCCAACCUGCCGGUGGCACCAGUUGAAACUCGUACCGCGCCCGAACCGGUCAAGGACACGCCCGAGGUUGCUGCUGCCAAGGCCGAUCAUAUGGCCGCCAUCGAGGAGGCUAAGCUGCGCAAUGCCGCCGCCGAAAAGGAAUCCGAGUCCGAGGCUACCAUCAUCGCUGCCGCUCCGGCGACCUUUGCCGCUGCCCCUGCCGCCCUCCCGGUGGCCGCUUACGCUGCCCCAGCCGCGCCUGCCUCGUUCGCUUACUCGACCCAAUCGAUCGCGCAACCGAUCGCGGCCUACGCCACCUAUGCCGCCCCAGCCCCGGCUGCCAUCGAACUGAAGGCUCCCGCCUCCUUCGCGUACUCGACCUACACCCAAUCGGCGCCCCUUGCCUACACCCAGUACGCUGCUGCCCCGUACGCUACGUUCCCGAUCGCACAGUACGCUUACCCGGCUGCCCCAGCUGCCUCGAUCGCUUUCGCCGCACGCUCGCAGCCAAUCGACAUUGCCGCCGAGCUGCCCGAGCCGGUAAAGGAUACGCCCGAGGUUGCCAAGGCUAAGGAGGAGCAUCUGAAGGCCGUCGCUGAAGCGAAGGCACGCAGCCUACAGUAA